AUGUUUGUAAGGAACGUCCAGUUGAAACUUGAGUUUGGUAAUACCCCUGAGCGACAGGACACUAGCAGGUUUAGAAGCAACAGUGUGUACAUCCCCCAACUACAUCCGUUGUUGGAUGUUUAUUCUAAGAUCACAGAGAAUGACAUCUAUAGUCAUUUUGAGAAUACAAGGAAUGUCAAACAUAAACAGAACUUAAGUUUUAAUCACAGGGUAGCACUUAAGGACCUGAGACAUGAUACUACUCUUGUUAUAAGACCAGCUGACAAAGGAGGACCUAUUGUCCUGAUGGAUUCGUUGGACUAUAAUAGAAGGAUGGGAAUACUUUUAGGAGAGACCUCCUCAUACCUGAAGAUAGGGUUGGAUAUGGUUAAAGAGAAAACCCUACAGGUUCACUAUAUGCUUGAUGAGCUGUUAGCUUCUGGUAGUAUUAUGAAGGAACUGUAUGAUUAUUUUAGAGUGAUUAAUCCCCUGAUCCCUAUUAUACAAGGACUUCCCAAGGUCCAUAAGUCGACCAGUGAUCCACCCAUGAGGCCAAUAGUAGCUGGACAAGGUUGGGUGACUGAACCCUUCUCCAUUUUCAUUGAAUAUCAUCUAAGGCCACUAGUUAACAAAAAUAAGUUCAUACUUAGAGACAGCAAGCAGUUCCUGUUGGAUCUAUAUGACUAUAUGAAAAAAUUAGAGGAUGAUGCACACUAUAUCUUGGUAACACUAGACGUUGUGAGCCUUUUCACUAUGAUCCCCAAUGAUUUAGGUGUACAACAUAUACAAGAGUACCUUAAGAAUCAUUCUGGUUUUACAAAUGUGAAAAUAGACUUUAUUGCUCUCCUUCUAGAAACAGUUUUGCUGAAUAACGUUUUUAUGUUUGGAGAUGACAUCUUCUUACAGAAGGAUGGUAAUAAAGAUCAUGUAAAAAAGAAAUCUGAAAAAAAGGGAAAAAAACAGAGAAGAAUGAAAAGAAGAGAUUCUGAUGAAGUUAAAAAGAUAGACCCUGAACAAGUAGCACCCAAAAGGCCAAAAAUAGAGCUGGCAGAGCUCGGUAAAGCUGUGUUAAAGAACUACCGAAAGAAAAAGGACAUGAGUGAACCACCCUAUGUGGGUUCCCACUUGGAAAGCGAGGACAUCAGUAAGAUGAAGCCUGAUGACAGUUGCUAUCAUGUUGGUAUCAAUCCAGAGUGGUUGAUGGUUCAUCGCAUUAUAAAUCACAGUAUUGAUGAAAAUGGGGAUUUGCAGUACUUGAUAAAGUGGAAAGACUUGUGUUAUGAACAGGCUACGUGGGAAGCAGAUAAUAAUGAAAUCCAUAAUUAUGACAUCCACAAGCAGGCCUACUGGAAUCACAGGAAAUUUAUGACAGGGGAGGAACACCAACCACUGCAAACUUUGGACUUGAAUAUAAAGUCGUUUGAGUGUCCCCCAGAAUAUCCAACUGUAGUACUAACAGCUGAAUAUAAAAAACAGCCAGAUUAUGUGGAUGCAACAGGUGGUACCCUUCAUCCUUAUCAGCUAGAAGGAUUUAACUGGCUUCGUUUCUGCUGGUCUCAGAGAAUAGACAGCAUCUUAGCAGAUGAAAUGGGUCUGGGAAAAACUGUUCAGACCGCAGUCUUUCUUUACUCCCUUUACAAAGAGGGACACUCAAAAGGUCCAUUUCUUGUGACUGCUCCCCUAUCCACAGUUAUCAACUGGGAGCGUGAAUUUCAAAUAUGGGCACCUGACUUGUAUGUGGUGACUUACACUGGAGACAAAAACAGCAGAGCAGUGAUUAGGGAGAAUGAACUCUCCUUUGAGAGGAAUGCCAUCCAUAGAGGGAUAAAGGCUUGCGGUAUGAAGAAAGGAGCUCGGCUGAAGUUCCAUGUCAUGCUUACAUCCUUUGAGCUAGUCAGUAUCGACAUGGCUCUCCUUCGCUCAAUUAACUGGGCCUGCCUUGUGGUGGAUGAGGCCCAUCGACUCAAAAGCAAGCAGUCAAAGUUUUUCAAGGUGCUGAAUUGCUAUUCCUUCCAGCACAAGUUGCUACUUACAGGUACCCCUCUCCAGAAUAGGAUGGAAGAGCUCUUUUACCUUCUGAACUUCCUGACACCUCAGCGAUUCAACAAUCAGCAACAUUUUUUGGAAGAGUUUGCUGACAUUGCUAAAAAGGACAAGAUCAAGAAUCUUCAUGACAUGCUGGGCCCACACCUGCUGAGACGUCUCAAAGCCGAUGUGUUUAAAACUAUACCACCAAAGACUGAACUGAUUGUACGAGUGGAGCUUAGCCCCUUGCAGAAAGAAUAUUACAAACAUAUCUUAACUCGAAACUUUAAAGCUAUGACUACCAAAGGAGAAGGAAACCUGAUCACUUUGCUGAAUAUUUUCAUGGAUUUACGGAAGUGUUGUAACCAUCCCUAUAUGUUUCCAGUUGUUGCCAAGGGCGCUCCCAGGCUGUUAAAUGGAAUGUAUGAAGGAGACAAUUUGAUAAGGUCCUCUGGCAAAUUUCUGCUUUUACAGAAAAUGCUACGCAAAUUGAAGGAAAGUGGACAUCGGGUUCUCAUUUUCUCCCAGAUGACUAAGUUAUUGGACCUUUUGGAGCAUUUUUUGACGUAUGAAGGUUAUGCACAUGAGCGAAUUGAUGGAACCAUUACUGGGAAUCUUAGGCAGCAGGCAAUCGACCGCUUCAAUGCACCUAGUUCGCAUCAGUUCUGCUUCUUGUUGUCAACUCGUGCUGGGGGUCUUGGCAUCAAUCUGGCAACUGCAGAUACAGUCAUCAUUUAUGAUUCUGAUUGGAAUCCUCAUAAUGACAGUCAGGCCUUAAGCAGAGCCCACCGUAUUGGCCAAACCCAAAAAGUGAUGGUUUAUCGUUUUGUGACAAGGGCAACUGUAGAGGAAAAAAUGGUUCAAGUUGCAAAGAAAAAAAUGAUGCUGUCCCAGUUGGUAGUUCGCUCUAGACUGGGGUCAAAGAUUGGUUCUUUAUCCCAAGAGGAACUGGAAGACAUUGUUAAGUUUGGCGCAGAAGAGCUGUUCAAGGAUAAUGAAGGUACAGAUUUGGAGGCUGGCUGCAGUGUGAUUUAUUAUGAUGACAAAGCCAUUGACCGGUUGCUUGACCGGAACCAGGAUGCACCAUCAGAAGAGACACAGUUACAAAGCAUGAAUGAGUACCUCAGCUCCUACAGAGUUGCCGAGUACAUGUUACAGAGUGAGGACAAUGUGGAUAGUUCCUUUCAUGUUUGGAGUGUUUUUAUGAUGGAAGGAGCUGACAACUUGGAUCCACCUACUAUCUGUUCCUUGGCACAAUCGCUGCAUACUCUAAACUCUACAGUGGGGAAUCUUGUUCUGCUUAUGGAGAGGCUGACCCAACAACCAGACAAUUCACAGUUUUCUUGGCCCAAUAGAUUGAGUGGCCACAUCACGGAGGACGAGACUAACAUUAUUGGCAUUACUGCAGCCCAGCGACAUCAGCAUUCGAAUCACAGCCAAUCGGGCAACGAGGAUUUGCAUACAGGCUUAAAUUCCAAGAAUAGAAGGGGAGGAACUUCCUACACUGGAAGCAACACACUUACUCAAUGGCUGGAAGGCGACGGAGAAUGGCGUUCUGCAUCUUCGCAACACCCUAUCAAGGACAAUGGCACCCUUAGUGAGCAGUUAAAACAGUUUGAAUUUUUAACCUCAGGCUAUCAUAAACUUCAACUCGAAAACAACUAUCUGAGAGAAUGUAAGCGGAGAGAGCAGAUCCCUAAGGGACUUUGGAUGUGGAAGUUCCCGACAGGUCUGGUAAGGGACUCCGUGUUACAUGUUGAAUUAAUACAAUUAUUUAAUAAACACGAGUGCAAACUGUUAGAUUGUCUUAUCAGGGACAAUGAGAGAAGAAUGUCUGAUUUAUCAGCUAAGCUAAAAAGAUUUGAUAAUAUUAUUCAUUCGGAUUUAUUUGAGUCUAAGCAAGAGGAAUAUUUUAGUUUAUUUAAAUGA